GACAGAUUUGACAGUAAGCUGAAGUGAAAAUUUUACUCGCUGAGUUAAACUGGGACAGUUCACUACUUAGACUUUUUGAAAGAAUUACUGAAAUUUUCACAAAUUUAUUGCACGAAUAUAGAAAUGAAGCCGACAAUCACCUCGUGGGCCGAUGAGGUAGAGGCAGACUAUGUGGACGGACUGCCGCCCUCGAAGGAGCACGUGGAUGGCGACUAUAAGCACGUCACCGAGUACAAGUUCAACGAUGAGGGCAAGAAGAUCAAGGUGGUGCGCAGCUUCAAGAUUGAGAAGAAGAUCGUUUCGAGGGCAGUGGCAAAGCGCCGCAAUUGGACCAAGUUUGGCGACUCCAAGCUGGACAAGCCGGGCCCCAAUUCGUACACCACCAAGGUGGCCGACGAGAUCCUGAUGAACUACAUGGGCUCCAAGGACUUUGAGCACACCCAGGAUCCGCUGGAUGCGAGCAAGCCCAUUGCCAAGUGCCGCAUAUGCAACGGCGAGCAUUGGUCAGUCAAGUGCCCCUACAAGGGCACCUCCAUGGACAUCGAGAGCAAGGCCAUUGCGGCAGCCACUGCAGCUGUGGGCGAGACCAACAAGGCGGGCAAGUAUGUGCCGCCGUUCCUGAAGGAGGGCGGCAAGGGACGCGAGCGCGACGAUUCGUCGGCUGUGCGCAUUUCCAACCUGUCCGAGUCGAUGACCGAGGAUGAUCUCGAAGAGCUGGUCAAGAAGAUUGGGCCACACACCAAGAUGUAUCUGGCGCGCGAGAAGAACUCGGGCCUGUGCAAGGGCUUUGCCUAUGUGCACUUCAAAUAUCGCAAAGACGCGGCCGAGGCAAUCGAAAUACUCAACGGACACGGCUAUGAUCACUUAAUCCUAAGCGUGGAGUGGUCCAAGCCGCAGAAUUAAAUACACACACACACACAUCUUAUCCGAUGCCCUGGCGCAUAUGUCUUUUGGCUGGGAAAAGCGCAAAGCUGCGCAGGAGUUGAGGCAAAGUUGAAACAAACUAAAAACUUUGAGUAAAUCCGAUAAUGCCACGUUUUAAAUGCGAAUUUUUUACACGUGACAGCACAGAGAAAUUCUCACACAAAUAUACACGAAAGCACAGAUACACACACACACACACACGCACACAUAUAUACGUAAAUAAAGGAAAGGAAAAGCCACUUAAAUGAAAGACAGACGUGGAGAAGAAAAGCUGGCGAAACACCACUAGACUUUGGCUGACUGGAACAUUAAUAAUUAAAUUGAAGAAAAGAAAAGUCUUAUGCACGGCUCACAAGCCAGCUGAAAACCGAGCGCCCACGCCCACCUCCACGUCCACGCCCACUUAUCCCCAAUAGUGGUGUGGCCUCUGGACAGCCCUGGCCUGCCGAUGGUGGCGUUGGAAUAGUGCACGGUGAACUGAACUUGAAUACACUUUUAAAUGGCCUGGCUUGGCCCUGCCUGUGUGGGCGGGGGAGGUGCGAGGAGAGAUCAAAGCGAAACCCCACAUACAUAAGAAAUGUAUACCUGCAGCAGCGAGCUUUGUUCACGUGUGUGUGUGUGUGUGUGUGUGUGUGUGUGUGUGUGUGUGUGCGUGUGUGUGUGUGCGUGUGUGUGUUUGUGUUGGGGCAUGGGCGAGGGGCUGGCGACGAAAGCAAAUUCUCAAACAAAUUACUGAAUAAUUUAUAAAUUAACUUUUUCUUGGGCUCGCUCGUUCAUUCGCCUUUGUGCGCGACGACAAUGGAGGAGGCAUUGCCGAAGCUUGGCUCCAGCAGCAGAGGUUGAGGGGUGGGCGAUGGGUGAUGGGGGCCUGCUGGCCGUUUGUUUGCUUUUUUCUUGCACCUCCUCCGUCUGCAGUCUAACUAUGUGUGCGUAUAUAUUCAUAGUGGUGCGGCUGGCACGCACAUUCGCCCGCUGGGCAGUAACCACAAUGGCAGUUGGCUGCACGGCUGCCAGCUGCUGGCUGGCAACUGGCAACUGGCGAGUUCCGAGUGGCAAGUGGCAACUGGCGGCUAGCGGGUGGGUUCAGUUCUCAGGGGCAUUUGAAUAUUCAAAUGGUAUUUCGUGGCAUUUGCUGAUGUUGCUUCUGCUCCUGCUGCUAUGGCUGUGGCUGUUGUUGUUGUUGUUGUUGUUGUUGCUAUAUUGCGCUUUAAGCAUAUGACCGUUAUUUACUGUUUUAUUGCACGCGGGCGCACACAAAAAUUGCUAAAAUAAUUACACAGUUGUCGGCACAGCAAACGCUUGGCGGGCUCCAGGAGGCAGCCACCGAGCCACCCAGCCAGCCAACCACCGACCACGACAGCAGCAACUAAAUAAAAUUAAUCCUCAAACGGCCUCAGGCACUCGCCCCCUACUUUAUGAGCGUGUGUGUGGUCAGCAGACUAAUGCAAACUAUUGCUAAAAACUUGGCCAGCAACACAAAACCGCGUUUUAGCCAUUAAUUCGCUAAGCGCUGACUCUCUUACCUGGUAUGGGCCCGCAGACGCGUGGUAUUAUUUCCAAAAUGGCCGAGCAUGAGGGAUCCUCGAAGCACAGUUGUCUGGCCAAAAUGCAGUUCAAGAUCGCAACGGCACCUUUAAUGGUCGAACCU